AUGAACGGUCAAAAGUAUGAUGUUGCUGGAUCCAAGAUCUUCGGUAGCCUGCUCUUUGCUCUGGCCACCUUGUUCCUUGUCUCAGAAUCCGUGUCUUUGAAAGGGAAGCAGGUGACUUUCAAGGGGAUGACAAACAAAUAUGUUUCCUUGGCCAAUUGGCAUGUCCCUCAACUUUGUGCCUUUACUGUAUGUGUUGACCUCAACAAGACUGAAAAAAGUGUGCCGAGUGGGGCAGCCUUUUCCUACGAUGUCAACAGUUCCUCCACCAACAUUAAUGAGGUGGAGCUGGCUCUGUCUUUCAAUAAUUCCACCUUGCAGAUGUACUUCAUGGGCAGCUUCCUCGAUCUGGGACAGUACGUUGUGGCUUACAGAAUGCACCAAAUCUGCUGUGUCUGGGACAGCCAGAAGCAUCUCCUGCAGCUCUUCUGGGAUGCAAAGAAGCUGGUAAACAAAACCCUUCCAGAUUUCCACCAUCGCUGUCUACGGCCCAACGGGACAUUAGUGAUGGGGCAUUUGCACAAGAACUUCAACGGAGUACUAGUCCAGCAAUUGUCCUUCGUUGGCGUCUUGCACUACUUCCAGAUGUGGGAUCAUGUGAGAGGCCAGCAAGACAUGGAGCAUUGUGAAGAUGGAAAUGUGGUCAGCUGGGGGCAGAAUUAUUGGUCUCUGCAAGAUAUAUUGACAGAGUCUGCCCACCAUCAGCGUUGCGGUGCAGAGGAGCCUACAUCUGCCCUUCCAACAAUCACCUCCCCCGAUCCAAACGUUACAGUGAUCACGGACACCUUCUACAGCUUCCAGAUGAACUUUUCCGUGACUUGGGAGCCCCACAGGGAGUGCGAUCGCUAUGAUGCCAAAAAGCUUUCUGCAACUUGGUUCAAGAAACAAUUAAAUAAUUCAGAAUUUGUGGUGACAAACCAUAACGUCAAGACAGCUCGAUAUUCCUCAAAGGCCAUCAUCAAGGCCAGGUCCAGUCAAAGCAUGCAGGAGAUCGUGUGGAAGCUACAAAACACCUUGUGUGGGGAUUACACUGAAGAUCAAUUGUCCAUGAGUGUGAAGCGAAAGGAUACACAUGUUAUUUCUUUUGAUCCAGAAUCAUGUUCUGAACAGACCGUCUGGUCCAACUACAAAGGUAUCUACACCUGGCCAAAGAUGGUUCCUCCCAAUGUGAUGACCUUGCCCUGCGAGGCCAACCGAGAGUUAGCAGCUUCCAGACUGUGCUUGAUUAACCUUCAGACUGAAAAAGCCUAUUGGAAGAGGCCGAACUUGGCUGCUUGUCCUCUGUUGCAAAAUUUGCCAGAUAAUAUACUGGAUCUUAAAAAUGUCACCGUCACAGUCGAAAAUGCGGAAGAGGUAGCAGAUCACAUUUUAUUUCUCUUGAGUUUUUCCGAUCUGAAUAAAGAUGAAAUUGAGGUCCUGGUGAACAAAUUGAGCGAUAUAGCCAACUGUGAAGAAAUCAGCCUGGCCCUGGCUAGGAAGAUACUGCAAAUUAUCAAUAUCUUUAUGGAAGAUAAAAUCCAACUGCAGGACAUGCAAACUGUACUCAACAGAAUCUUAACGAUCAUGGAACAAAUUGGUUUCAAGAUGAACUUCAGUGGGAGAAAUGAAUCCAUCAUCUUGCCUAGGCUGGCUUUGGCGGUGCUACGGCCAGAUCCCAUGAACUUCCAGGGAGUUGCUUUUGGGAUUGUAUCCUACACUCUGGAGACCAGCCCACAGGACAAUAGUUUGAAGAACGAAGUUCUGAACACCUACGUUGUAGGUGCCAGCAUUGAAAACAAGACAAUUGAAGACCUCAAGAAACCAGUCAGCAUAGUUCUGCAGCACAGAAACCCACAUGGGGACUUAUCUCGGACACCCCUCAGCGAUGCUGAUGAGUGGGCUUUAGCACUGGUGACCUACGUGGGGUGUGGCAUUUCCUCCAUUUUCCUGGGCCUGGUACUGUUGGUUUAUCUCUCGAUUGACAAACUCCGGGAGGACUAUCCUUCCAAAAUCCUCGUCAACCUCUGCUUUGCUUUGUUGAUGCUCAACCUUGCUUUCUUGGUGAACUCUUGGCUAGCCACAUUUCAGAAUGCUGGCCUUUGCAUCACCAUUGCCGUGGCCUUGCAUUACUCCCUGCUAUCUGCCUUUACCUGGAUGGGUCUGGAAGCCAUCAACAUGUAUUUUGCCCUGGUGAGAGUCUUCAAAGUCUACAUUCCAUAUUACAUGCUCAGGGUUUCCAUAGCUGGCUGGGGAAUUCCAGCACUUAUUGUAAUUGUGGCCCUCAGCAUCAGCAGAGACUUCUAUGGGACUGAAUUUGCUUUGAGAAGAAACACUGACAGCCCAUCAAUGCAGUUUUGCUGGAUUCAGGACAACUGGGUUUUUUACAUCUCUGUAGUUGGCUAUUUCAUCCUGGUAUUCCUGAUCAACAUCAGCAUGUUUGUUACUGUCCUUUGUCAAAUCCGUGUCAUGAAAACCAACAAUUGCAGGGUUGGGAAGGACCGGAGUAAAGAAUUCCUCCUUGACUUGAAGAGAGUGACCAGCUUGACAUUUUUGCUGGGUUUGACGUGGGGUUUUGCCUUCUUUGCAUGGGGCCCCUUGAAGAUUGCCUUCAUGUACAUCUUUGCCAUUUGCAAUUCCUUGCAAGGCUUCUUCAUCUUUGUUUUCUACUGCCUCAUGAAGGAAAACGUAAGGAAGCAAUGCCAGAUACACUUCUGUUGUGGGAAAUUUCGGCUCAGCAAUUUCCGAUUUAAUCUUUCUGGACACAGAGGAAGCCACUGA